AGAUGUGUACCGCCCACAGAUCAACAACAAGGCGGUUCCACUUCCACGGUGAUGCCAUCGACUCUCUGCACAGAUAACUCUUCUCCAGUCAGCCGGCUCCCGAGCAACUAGGAAACGCCACCUGGAGCCCGCCAGCCUAGGGUAGGACAGACCGAAGAAGACCCACAGGGCUUUUGCCUUGGAAAAGUUCUUGUUGAAGGGGCGGCGAGCGCUGGAGACUGAGCCAGGUGAGCUGGUGCCUCUCCGCACGCCGCUGGGAGAACUGACUGACACCUCUACUCCCCUCCACCCACCCCGCUGCUCGGCGGCGGCCGGCUACCAUUCCAGACCAUCGCCGAUCCUUCACAUCAGCUCCAGAUCCCCCGCCGCCUGUCCGGAUAAUGUGACCGACGUUGGCUGAGCUGAAGAUGGGAUCCAACCACUCUCACAAAACGCCGGUGUACGGCGAGGACGAGGACGUGAACUUUGACCACUUCCAGAUCUUAAGAGCAAUUGGCAAGGGCAGCUUUGGGAAGGUAUGCAUUGUACAGAAGAAAGAUUCAAAGAAGAUGUAUGCUAUGAAAUACAUGAACAAGCAGCAGUGUGUAGAACGUAAUGAAGUGCGGAAUGUCUUCAAAGAGUUGCAAGUCAUGCAGGGUCUGGAGCACCCGUUUCUUGUCAAUUUAUGGUAUUCCUUUCAAGAUGAGGAGGACAUGUUCAUGGUGGUCGACCUUCUUCUCGGUGGAGACCUCAGAUAUCACCUGCAACAGAACGUUCACUUCAAGGAAGAAACUGUGAAACUUUAUAUCUGUGAGCUGGCUCUGGCUCUGGACUAUCUGCAGGACAGGCACAUCAUUCACAGGGACAUUAAGCCUGACAACAUUCUUCUUGAUGAUUAUGGGCAUGUGCACAUCACUGACUUCAACAUUGCGGCAAUGGUGAAGGAGGAGAAAGAAGCCACGUCUAUUGCAGGCACAAAGCCAUACAUGGCUCCUGAAAUAUUUCAUCCAUUUAUAAAUGGGUGCACUGGCUAUCACUUUGCAGUGGACUGGUGGUCGCUUGGAAUCACUGCAUAUGAGCUCCUCAAAGGACAGAGACCAUAUGAAAUCCGCUCCAGCACCUCUGUUAAUGAAGCACUUCACAUGUUCAAAUCUGUCAGAAUAAACUACCCCUCUGCCUGGUCCAGUGGAUUAGUGUCAUUGCUUCAGAAGCUGAUUACGGUCAGCUCGAACCAACGUCUCGCCAGCCUCGCCGAUGUACAGGACUCUCCGUACUUGGCAGAUAUAAACUGGGAUGCUGUUCUGGAGAAGAAACUCACAGCAGGAUUCAUCCCCAAUAGAGGUCAACUAAAUUGUGACCCGACAUUUGAACUUGAAGAAAUGAUUCUCGAGUCGAAACCCCUUCACAAGAAGAAAAAGCGCCUGGCAAAAAGAUUAAAGGAAAAUAGAAAAGACAACUCAUCACUGAACCAACAUCUGCAGCAACAUCUGGACACAGUGCAGAAGGAAUUUAUUGUAUUUAACAGAGAGAGACUCAAGCAAAAUCCAGAUCAAUCACAGGCCAAAUGCAUCGACAAAGAAGAGCAUCAGAAAGAACAGGAUGAUGGGAAGAACAACAAUGUGAUAACAUCAACUUGUACACAGCCAUGUUAGCAUCAGCUCUGGGUGUGCGUCACCUCUGGGAUCCUCCAAAGUAGAUAAGGCAGCACAUCUUUACAUAGUACGUGGCAGUCCUCUUCAUUAAACAGACAUCGUCACAGCUGGAAUCAUGGCUUGAAUGUACCGUGCAAUGUAGCACCGAGCAAUUGAAGAAAAUGGAUGACAAAAUUAUCCUCUGUGAUCAUUUAACAUGCAACUAUGGGUCAUAGAACCAGAGGGCAUGGAAAUAACACCUUUGGAAACUUG